CAAAAAUCUAGUGUGCGGCUUUCACUGACUGUGACACAGGAACGUCCUUCCCUGUCGCCUUGGAUGCUCACGGGUAAUAAAACAGCAGUCAGACACUGGACUAGUGUGGAGUACAAGUUCAAGAGUGAAUGACGACAGACGGUUCAUCAUCGAGCCCUGAGCUGGCUGGUCUCAGAACAGAGAGGAAACCUUGUUUAGGGGAAGAGAACUGGAGAACGGUGGCCCAAAGGCAUUUGGAUUUCUGAGAUGUCAGUCAAACGAGCAGACGGGAUGUCCAUCGCCCAGGCUUUGGCCAUGACCGUUGCGGAGAUACCGGUCUUUCUCUAUUCCACAUUUGGGCAGUCCAUAUUUUCUCAGCUCAAGCUUACCCCAAGCUUGAAGAAGGUGCUGUUUGCCACAGCACUGGGCAGCGUAGCUCUGGCUCUCACUGCUCAUCAGUUAAAAAGGCGGGGGAGAAAAAGGAAGCAGGUGACCCAAGGAAAGGAGGGCCAGAAGACAGUGGGAAUACCUGAGGCGCUGAUGAAGUCAGGAAGGCCGUCUUCAUUAAAGAGAGGUCCGUUUACUGGCCGACAGAUGAUGAGUCCGAGCACCAGGAGCAAUGACACCAUGAGUGGAAUUUCUUCCCUGGCUCCCAGUAAACAUUCGAGUUCGUCACACAGCCUGGCAUCUAUGCGGGUCCCAAGCUCCCCAAAUCAGUCUGCUAAUCCAUCCACCCCCUGGGAAGCAGAGCCUGUGGUGGAAGAGUCAGGGGCAAUAGAGGACACCAAUGUAGAGAAUCUGUAUUUAAUGGGAAUGGAGCUGUUUGAGGAAGCUCUACGAAAGUGGGAACAGGCCCUGAAUAUUCGCCAUCACACCCACUCGACCUCCAGCAACAACAGCCUCGCUCUGCAGGGGGCAACGUGUGGAGACAUUCCCACGGCUGAAACCCGCAAUAAAGUGUUUGCUGAGAAGUUAGAGACACUGCUGCACAGGGCAUACCACCUACAAGAGGAUUUUGGCAGCAGUAUCCCAACAGACAGCGUUCUGGCAGACUUUGAGAGUGAAGGAACCCUUAUCUUGCCCCAAGUGGAGAGUUUCCACCGACUGCAAGAUGAUGAUGCGACUACUGUUACCUCUGACGACUCCUUCUUCUCAGCUGCAGAGUUGUUUGAUGCCAUGGCUCUAGAAGAGGUCUACCAGCCACUUAAGCCAGCAGCUCUUUAUGAAGAAGCCUUGUCUCUGGUCCGGGAAGGCAAAGUGGCCUAUAGGUCCCUCAGGACUGAAUUACUUGAAUGUUAUGGCGAUCAAGACUUCCUUGCCAAACUUCACUGUGUGAGACAAGCAUUCCAGAUCCUGUUGUUAGAUGAAACUCAUCGCACAUUUUUCAUGGAGACCGGGAAGCAAAUGAUAACGGGGUUAAUGGUGAAGGCAAACAAGAGUCCCAAAGCCUUCUUAGAGAGCUACGAGGACAUGCUGCUUUACACUCAGAGGGAGGAAACGUGGCCCGUCACUAAGAUGGAGCUGGAGGGCCGAGGGGUGGUGUGUAUGAACUUUUUCGACAUAGUGUUGGAUUUCAUCCUGAUGGAUGCGUUUGAAGACCUGGAGAGCCCUCCCUCCUCCGUGGUAGCUGUGUUGAGGAAUCGCUGGCUUUCUGACAGCUUUAAAGAAACGGCUCUGGCGACUGCAUGCUGGUCUGUCCUAAAAGCAAAAAGGCGUCUCCUCAUGGUUCCUGAUGGCUUUAUCUCCCACUUCUAUGCCAUAUCAGAACACGUGAGCCCAGUUUUAGCGUUUGGGUUUUUGGGACCCAGGCAGCACCUGAGUGAAGUUUGCACUAUCUUCAAGCAACAAAUUGUGCAGUACCUUAAGGAUAUGUUUGAUCACGACAAGGUCCGCUUCACCUCUGGUCAGUGCUUGGCUGAGGACAUCCUGAGCCUUUCCCACCGCCGGAGUGAGAUUUUACUGGGGUAUCUGGGAAUUGAUAGCCUUCUGGAGCUCAACGGUGCCCUGCCCAGAGACACAGAGGACUCUACGGGCCCCAACUAAGACGACUAGGGUCUCUAAGGGCUUAAUGAGGCUUGUACAGACCAAAUGCAGUGGGCUAACCAGCAGGGAACAGCAAGGAGCUCAACGCUGAUUCUAUACCUACAUCAAGAUGGGAUUGACUCAUGCUCCUGUGAUACACUGAGAACCAGAAUUAAUCAUUCAUUCAUCUGUGGUCAUCAAACACAACUACUGUAAGAGGAUAUAUUUUCACUAGAUCUACAGUAUCACUGAGGGAGGCCGGCUGGAUCAUAUGAUUCCACCUCUCCCUUGUUAUCAGCUGCUGUGUUGCGUAUUCAUGUAAUCUCAGACGUGUGAGGGCUCGUCUCUGCCUUGCUGGGUGACAAGGAUACUUCUUACAAACACACCUGACAGAAGUACUCCCACCACAUGAAGACUGGGCCUUCUACACUACGACUCCAUGCGGAGCGAGUGUCUUCGGAGAACUAGCGGUUGCACCGAAACCUUCCGUUUAUCUGACUCUUGAAAUCAGAUGAGAUAUCAUAGUCCUCAUUAUUACGUGAAGAGAAAUGCUGGGAGUCUGUUGAUAUUUUGGGUUUUAUAUUAAAGGGGCAAGGAUAUUUAACGCUAAAUCCGUGGUAAUUCCUGACAACCUUGGUCAACUGAAGAUUUGUGCUGCACGAUGAAGGACGUAAUGAAUUUGUCUCUUCACUGAUGGUACUGAAAUCCUCUUUAAUUUGAAGACGUAUUAUUCCGGUUUGGUUUAAUAAGGCAGGCUAAGAUGUGACAUAUCAAAGAGACUGUGUUAAGUGCAAAAAGACGUAAAAUUAGCGUGGGGUGCUAACAUGUUAAUCAUAGAAAUCAGAUUAUCCCUAAGCUGUUUUCCGACCCCAUACCACUUCUCAUUUAGUCCUCUCAGUCAUCUUAGCAGUGAUCCAGCUAAGAUGCAGAUGGUAAAGUUUUACUUUCUCAAAGAGCUGCAGAUAACUCAAUGAAAACAUCUAUUUAAAUACUGUCACACCGACAGUUUUGAAGGUGCAACAGGAAAAUAUCUUGAACAGUGUAACACAUCACUGCUCUCAGGAAGUAAUGAGUAACUUGAAAUCAAUAUUUGGUGAUGAAUUACUUUUCCUUAAAUUCUUGAAUUGCCUCCAAAUAUUUCAGCUAAAAUUGGACAACUUGCAAAGUUUGAUUCACCAGAUAUAAGCUGGAUAAAAUUGUGGAAUUGUUUAAGGCAAAAGUAUCCAAACACAAGUUUUAUGAACCUAUAAAAGUAUGAUUUCAAUGUGAAAAUUCGAACAGUAGCAUUUACUGAGCAUGGUUGUUACUCUGCUCUUAAGGGUUACUUGCCAUAAAUGAGUAUAGGAGGAGUGGAUUAGAAAAAAAAAUUUAUUUAACAGGUCUUAUUUUUCACAGCACACAUUUUGACUUGUUAUUGUAGGAAAGGCACAAGUGUGUUUAAUAACAUUUACAAUGAAACUGUGUAAUUCAAGUGUACCAGUAAACCAUGUCAGCAGUGGUGGAGAGUUACUGAGUACAUUUAACAUAACUGUUUUAUUUUUACUGCUACUUUUAAAGGAUCUGAGUACAUCUUCUGCCACUGCGUGACAGUGAGCCAGCACGCACAAUAACAGGACCCUGAAACUGAAGCAAAACACCCAUGGCUGUUACAAAGUGCGCACAGUGAAUACCACCAAACACCGUCAGAGACAGAGUUAAAAAACAAAACAAAGAAAAGAAACACUUGGCCUCAGUCUGUUGAGUGAUCAGAAACACACAUGGACAUUUCAGUAUGCGUCGCUUGCUUUCUUCCCAGCCCAUUUUAGAAUUGAUGUGACCUACAAAUAAAACAGUGCCAUCUACAGUAGCAGUCUUAGCAAAGAUAUUGUUGUUUUGUUUCUGAUUCCAUGAAGACUUGUAAUGAAGAAGCGGGCAUUGUACAGUCAGACUGUAACCUUCAUAAGUGCACUGAUGAUAACCCCUGAGUUCUCUUUGUUUUCUCAAUACUGUGAGCUUGUUGGAGCACAGAGACACCGAAGGGGCACUAAGAUGCCAAGUUAAAAAGAGUUUUCUGCUGCGAUCCGAACAUGGAUCACUCCACUGCUGUAAAAGCAGAUUUGUGUUACGUUGACUGCUGUUACCUAGCUUAUGUUUAUUUUAAGAAACUCUCAAAAAAGGAAUUAUCCUAAUCAAAUAUGAUGAAAAUGUUAUUUAUUAACAGCAGUAGAAGCACAGUGUGUUUCUGGUUGCUUGCAAAAUUUCUGUGUCAUCACUCUGUGAUUCAUAGUUUUUGGGAAAUAGCUUAUCAUACAACUUGAGAGAAGUCAGCUCUUCGUUAUUCAUAAUCAUUUUAGUGUGUGUUUUGUUGUCUUGAUAAUCCAGAUCCUGCUCUUGUUGCAACACGCCUCUGAAAGUCAGCUCAGAAAUGUUUAUUUUGGCUCUUAGAUAUUGUAAUGCAAUACUUUCAUCAAGAGCCUGCAUUGAAGGGUUUUUAUUUUCUGUUUCCUGUCAAACAUGACCCAGAGCUUCAAACUGUAAAUAGAGCCUUUACAGAAAAUAGUUUAGUUCUGUGUCUUGACAGAUGUGCAGCUUUGUGAUUUUAAGCAUUUUGCACUUUAUCAGAAAGCAGAUACAGGAAUGUCCCACAACUCUUUUUUUAAAUAAUCAGUUUGACUAUACAAACUACUGAAUUCUUAAAUUAUAGAACUGACAUAUUGUUGAUAACAUAGAACGUACAUCCUAUAUAGUAAAGAAACUAUAUUUCCCAGAAAACUAUAUUAUGGAAAAAGUUUAUCCGGGUUACUAUCAUAAGAUUUUGUUUUAGUCUCCAUCAUUUAGUCUCCAUGUUGAAUGUUCUCCAAUUUUAACUUGACUGGUGUGGUCCAUUCCCUGAUGAACUAUUUUAAAACAUUUUUCUCCCGUUUUAGUUCUGUCAUUGUAGAGUAUCAGCAGUAGGCCCAUGUAUCGUGCAGGCAAUUAUGGAAAAAUGCUAAUAUUUAGAUAUUUAGUCUUGUGUUCAAACAUUGGUCUGCUUUUUCUGUGUAAUGAGAGUAGAUGAUCCGAGAUUUAUUCCUCCUGCAGCCUUUGCAUGUUAACAGUAUAGAUUUUUUGAAAUGCAUCAAUCAGUAUAUUCCUGCGACAUUUAGAGCCAAGCUCAGCCCUAGUUGUUGUUAAUGUUAGUUUUAAAAAUUCAAUUAGAAAUUAGGUGAAGAAAAUGUUUAGGAAUUUACAAUCAUCUGAAAGUCAAAAUUCAGUCUUGGACUCUCCUUCUUAGCGUACAUUCAGUGGAUUAUAGAGUUUGACAAGGAUUUCAGAUGGCCAAAAUGUGGGGGAAAUGAUUUUACUUUAUUUAUUUAUUUUAGUUGUUUUUUUUUUUUUUUUUUUUGUUUUUUGAAAGUCACUGCUGUACAUUACAAGUGUCCUAUUCAUGCCUUUUGUCUUUUCUAUUGUUAAAUUACAAUGCCAGCACAAAGUGUAAAUUAAUUUUGAUUCUCCAUAUUAAAUGUUAUUUUUUGUUAUUAAACAA